AUGAGCUGCUGUGGCUGUUCAGGAGGCUGUGGCUCCAGCUGUGGGGGCUGUGGCUCCAGCUGCUGUGUGCCCGUCUGCUGCUGCAAACCUGUGUGCUGCUGUGUGCCAGCCUGCUCCUGCUCUAGCUGUGGUGGAGGCUGCAAGGGGGGUUGUGGCUCCAGCUGUGGGGGCUGCUGCAAGCCCUGCUGUAGUCAAUCCAGCUGCUGCCAGUCCAGCUGCUGCAAGCCUGUCUGCUGCUGUGUGCCUGCUUGCUCCUGCUCCAGCUGUGGUGGAGGCUGUGGGGGUUGUUGCCAGUCCAGUUGCUGCAAGCCCUGCUGCUGCCAGUCCAGCUGCUGCAAGCCCUGCUGCUGCCAGUCCAGCUGCUGCAAGCCCUGCUGUAGUCAAUCCAGCUGCUGUCAGUCCAGCUGCUGCAAGCCAGUUUGCUGCUGUGUGCCUGCUUGCUCCUGCUCCAGCUGUGGUGGAGGCUGUGGGGGUUGUUGCCAAUCCAGCUGCUGCAAGCCCUGCUGCUGCCAGUCCAGCUGCUGUAAGCCCUGCUGUAGCCAAUCCAGCUGCUGUCAGUCCAGCUGCUGCAAGCCUGUCUGCUGCUGUGUGCCUGCUUGCUCCUGCUCCAGCUGUGGUGGAGGCUGUGGAGGUUGUUGCUAGUCCAGCUGCUGCAAGCCCGGCUGCUGCUAGUCCGGCUUAUGUGCUCUUCUUCCUACCAGUUUAAGAUCUGCUGCUCACCCCAUUCCCUUCCCUUCGACCUUAAUUUAAAGCAGUUGGCCUUCAGCAGGACCCCUCCUCCACUCCCAGCUCCCACCCAUACAGCCCCUUUCUCAGCAUCCUUUUGAUGACCCAGGAUCAGGAUUAUCUGGGAACCCCGAGUCAGGGAUUUCCUGAUCUCCUUACUUAGCUAAAAAGCAGCCCUGCCAUAGGAGUGCUCCCUAUCCCCUUCCCCCCAUCCUUCACACACUUCCCAACCUCCUCAGGCCAAGGGGACAUCGCCCUGCCAGGAAUACCCAGCAAAGGGUGCCCAGCACACCAUGCAGACCCCCGGGGAAUCUCUUGUUAUCUCCAAGGAUCAUCUGCCCUGCCCCUAGAGGUGGGGCCAUCACUGGGGAUUGCUGAGUUGCCUCCCAACAGCCUUCAUUCCUGGAUUCCCCAACUCUCUCCUCCAAAGGGUCUCUUUGCUUAUCUUGCCUACUUUGGGCUAACCCUGGAAACCCAGGCAAUCAUUUUGAUUCAAUAAAAACUACCCUUAA